AUGGCCUCAACACCACCGCCGCCAUCACCGUCUGCGCUUCGCGUACCAAGAGCGCCGCAACAUGGGCCAAAGCACGACAACUAUGAACCUUAUCCUACGCGUUACUCCGCUAGACUCGCAAGUCAACGAGUGUCAAGGGUCGCCCAAACCACGCCGCCCCCAGGUCACCCAAGCGUAUCUGCCAACCCUGGAGCAUCUAAAAGAACGCUUUCGCCCUCUUCGCCUGGGACCGCCAAAUCCUCGCCCAAAAAGGCCGCACGCUCUCAGAGAAAUGCUGCCUCCCGGAUCUCUCCCUUUGAUUCUGAACUUUCACUUCCCCGCACUUCUGCACACCACACCUCCCGACCCUCUGCAGAACAGGCUUUACCUACCCCAGCUAAAACUCCUUCGAAGAAGAAGAUAAUCAAUUCUGAUUCUUCUACAUCUCGUUCUCUGUUUCCUUCCACUUCCACCACCAAACGCAGAAAAAUGGAUACCCCCAAAUAUUCUGCAGAACCCCCAGCAAAUUUUGUGGAUGAGCCUUUGAGAGGGUACACUAUUCAAGCUGCAGAGCAAGAAUUGGGCAUCUCCAUUCAUGAGGACUCACGUGAUCGCAUCCCUGUGAUCGGUCCUCUCUCGACUGAUUCGUUCAUUUACAACCCUGGAAGACCGGUCGGACGACCUGCCACUCGCUCAACUACCAACCAAAAAGAUGGAGCCUGGUUUGUCCACCGUGGAAAAAAAAUAUUCAAACGCUUUGAUGACAUGGAAGAUGAGGGCGAGGAUGAAGAUGACCUUGGCCUUUUCGCCAGCCGCCCCGACCUGUUGGCUGCUAACCCUGACAUUCUCAAGAGCGUGAAACCUUUGAGACAUGGUGACAUCAAACCUCGUCUUCUAUUCUCUAAUGUCGCUAAGCCUACUGAUGGUGACGAGGAGGAUGUCACCGAUGUCGAGGAUCACGAGCCAACGUCUCCAACUCCAGCUUAUGAAGACCGCGCAUGUGUGACUCCUCCCAUCUUUCCGGAUCUAUUUGAAUCUGAGGGCACACCUGUCGCUCAGUCUGCCCCCGUUCCACUUACUGGCCUCCGUUUUCCUCGCUCUGCCGUUGAUGUGUCACCUGUCCAGCCCACUUCUUUCUCUGAAGACCUCACCCUCGGCGCUUCCGGCGAGGACCGGAGUCGGUCCCGGGGUCUCUCUAUCAGCAGUGGCAGCAGCCUCCUGAAGUACUGGCCGUCUGUCAGCAGGAAGACGCGGGAUCCCGAAACCCGCACCGACCGUAUGAAACGCCUCCAGGAGGCCCGCGGUAGCCCUGCCCCGCGCACCCGAAAGGCCCUGCGCGCAGAAGCUUCUGGAGCGACUUCGACCGCCGAGCCAUCUACAUCCGAUUCCUAG